ACCUGAUAGUGCUAGCAACAUUAUACUUGUGCUGGUAAACAGAUAUCUCUAUGAUUAAGUAUUUUGAUAUAUUGCUUACUAUGUUUGAUUUGUUUCAUCAGGGUCAAGUUGAGCAUUAUUGCAGAGAACCUGCAUCUCAAAAAAAAACCUGGUUAUGUCUGAAGUAUGCUGGGAUUAUGGUCCUGGAGAAGUGGAUACGGGAUUGGUUAAGUUGGAACCAAAUUCACUUCGGAUAGCACGUGAGCAAAAUGAGUGCCUUGCAGACACAUCCCUGCACAAUCAGUUCAAUGUUGUGGGACGAACACAAGACCCUGAACCGAAUAAGAGCCCCAAUGGGUCAAGCACAGGCCAAAGUGGCACUUGUAUCGUGGAUCAGGAGAAAUCACCAGUUGAUGAUUCAACCCCUUGUUCUACUUCACCAAUAUCUUCUAUGCCAGUUUGUCGCCAAUUUUGGAAAGCUGGAGCCUAUGAUGAGGAAGCGGUUUCUGCGAACACUCAUGGUAGCUCGCUAACAAGUGCUGGUUCAAGAAUUAAUAUACACCCAAAGUUCCUUCAUUCAAAUGCUACUUCACACAAAUGGGCAUUUGGUGCCAUUGCAGAGCUUCUUGAUAAUGCUGUGGAUGAGAUACAAAAUGGAGCCACUUAUGUAUACAUAGACAAGACCAUAAACCCAAGAAAUGGAAGUCCAGCAUUGUUAUUUCAGGAUGACGGGGCUGGGAUGGAUCCAGAAGGAAUGCGCCAAUGCCUGAGUUUUGGGUUUUCAGAUAAAAAGUUGAUAUCUGCAAUUGGAAAGUAUGGAAACGGCUUUAAAACCAGUACUAUGCGGCUUGGAGCAGACGUCAUAGUCUUCAGCCGCUACUUUGUUGAGAGUACCUGGACUUAUACUCAAAGCAUUGGCCUUUUAUCAUAUACAUUUUUAACUCAAUCAGGAUAUGACAGGAUCGUUGUUCCAAUGGUACACUAUAAAUUUAAUUUUACGAAAGGUUGUUUUGAGUCACUACAACCAAAAAGUAAUGAACAGUCAAAUUCCAACUUAUCAGUGCUGUUGCAGUGGUCUCCGUAUUCAACAGAGGAAGAGUUGCUAAAGCAGUUUGAACACCUUGGUUCUCAUGGGACAAAAGUAAUUAUCUACAACUUGUGGCUCAAUGAUGAGGGUAAAAUGGAGCUUGAUUUUGAUUCGGAUCCUGAGGAUAUUCGUAUUGGCUGGGAUGGAAGCAGUAAAGCGAAAAAUAAUUCUCGGAAGGCGAUAAAUGAAGAUCACUUAGCCAAUAAGCUACAGUAUUCUCUUCGUGCAUACUUAUCUAUCUUGUACCUGAAACUGCCCGACACGUUCUGCAUGAUUUUGCGUGAAAGAGUGGUUCUCUAUCAUAAUAUUGCAACAGAGUUAAAGCAUCCAGAGUUUAUCAUAUAUAGAGCCCGUAGUGAUGGACGCCGUGAGGGUGAAGUGGUUACCACGAUUGGGUUCCUUAAAGAAGCCCCAGUUGUGAAUAUCCAUGGUUUUAAUAUCUACCACAAGCGUCGCCUGAUUUUGCCAUUUCUACAAGUUGCUCCUUAUUCACACAACAGAGGCCGAGGUGUUGUUGGUGUUCUUGAAGCAAACUUCAUUGAGCCCACUCAUAAUAAACAAGAUUUCGAAAAAACUAAUGUUUUUCAAAAGCUUGUAACCAGAUUAAAGGAUAUGACAUACGAGUACUGGGAUUAUCAUUGUGGACUGAUAGGUUAUCAGCCCCCCAAAAAAGCUCUAUCUGUAUCUGCUUCUCCUGGUUUAGCAAGUCCUACACCUCCACCUCCACUUCCACCCUCGAGAAAAACUGAUGUCGGUGGUGGUUCUAAGAGUUUACCAACUGUUACUCAAACUAACAAGACAGCUGUUACUCAAACCAUCUAUGAGCCUGUAGAACUAGUAUCGCGCUCGACAAAAGGCUCCAGUGAAGGGCCAUCUUUGAAGAGGAAAAUACCUGAUCAACCCGAGGAUUCUCCAUCGAACAAACAGAAGACAGCUAGGAGUGCAGGGAAUACAGGGUCAUCUAUGCAUGAUAAUGCACACAAUCAAAUGUGGACAAAUGUGAUGCAAGAAAACAAGAAGCGGAAAAUGCAGUGCUUGGCAUUCGAGAAGGCUGAGGAAGAACUCAAUAUCAAGGUAAUGCAACUUAAAAGUGAGCUACGAGAGGCUCAAAGAGAAUAUGCUGAUUUGUUGUCUAAAAUCGGGUGUUUGGAGCAAGUCAAGGGGGAAAACUAAAGUGACAUUUAUAUAUGUAGAUGACUCCACAAGUGGAGUUUUUUGGUCUUAAAUGUAGGGAUAGGAAAGUUGUAAAUGCCAAAAUAUAGGGGGUGCAAACUACGGGAGUCGAACUUUUGACCAGCAAGAUGGGAGGUACAUACUACUACUAGAAGUCAGAGUAAGAACAUGACGUAGGUGCAAUUGUCACAUAUGAAUACGCUUUAUUUGAUCCAAGGGUGAAUGAUGCUCAUGUAAUUAAGUUCCACUAGAACCAGUUAAGCGAACAUUCUGCAAUGACUUGAGUACCUAUUUCGCAUUCUUUAUCGCCAAUUUUAGUUGAUUACGCAGUGAUUCA